AUGGUCUUCCUGACGCUCAAUCAUCUGCUUGACUUCGACCGGUCGAUCUGGUCAUCAAGCAGGAAGGGAGACAAUUACCAGCUUCACCUGCAAAGCGGGCGCGACACGGUGACUGUCGGCGGGCUGGUCGCGGAAGACAUGGAACUGUAUCUCAUUGUCAACCAAACCGAGACGUUCGCCAUUAAUCCGUUCGAUGGCAUUCAAGGACUGAGCCCUCAAAGCUUGUUUGCUAAGUUUAUUGAUCAAGGCUUGCCAUCCCUGUUCGGGAUGUAUCUGACGCCCCUAGCGGUCGGCAAUGCUGAGCUUACUAUUGGUGAGAUCAACGAGAGCAAGUCCAACGGUUCUUUGACCUACGUUCUCGUUGCCUGGCUACUUGAGUCGCCCGGUGUCUCAGUCAACGGGGAAACUGCUCGUAGAUCUGCAACCUUCACGACCCUGAUGAUCCCGAGCAGCGAGCUGAACGUCGGUCCCUUCGCGAGCGACCCGUCGACGUGCCAGACGUUCCUCAACAUGCUCGAGCGCACGCCGGUGGCUGUCGUCGGGGGUAGCCUCCUGAAGCACUAUUACAGCAUGUGGGAUGUUGGAAAUCAACAAGGGGGGUUUGCGCCGCUCGGUCAGUCAAUCCGGGGCCUCGGUAGUCACUCGUCGGGUCGAUGUAAUGACGUGAAUGUACCCUGA